AUUUCUGUCCAGCCAAACAUGCAACGGAUGAAGAUCUGAUCCAGAGACUCCUCAUUGUCCACUCAGAAUGGCGUCCUCCCCUGGACUGAGCGCUGACCCUCUGCCCAUGCUUCAGCUGCAGGAGACAGACGCAGUCAAAGAACCAGACAGACCUGCCUCCCCUGGACUCCUCCCCACCAUGUACAGUCCUCCAGUGGGCUUAGACAGUCACACUGUCUGCAUCCCCUCUCCUUAUACGGACAGUAGUCAUGACUACCAUGGACACGGACCCUUGACUUUCUACAGUCCAUCUGUCCUGGGCUAUACCAGGGCACCUAUAACAGACAGUCCGUCCUCCCUGUGCCCCCCACUUAGCCCCUCUACGUUUUGGCCUUCCUACAAUCACAGCACACCUUCUCUUACUCUGCACUGCACCCAGCCGCUUGUCUACCAUGAAACCAGCCCCCAUGGCCCCUGGUUGGAGUCCAAACCCCACAGCCUGAACCCCAGCAGCUGCAGCAAGCUGCUGGGGAGGAAGUCAGAAGAAGAAGCAGAGGGAGGGAAGUCCUCCUCAUGCUCAUCCUCUGUAGGGAAAGCAGACAUGCACUUCUGCGCCGUCUGUCAUGACUACGCAUCUGGCUACCACUAUGGCGUGUGGUCGUGUGAGGGCUGCAAAGCUUUUUUCAAGAGAAGUAUCCAAGGACACAACGACUACAUUUGCCCUGCAACAAACCAAUGCACUAUAGACAAGAACCGUCGUAAAAGCUGCCAGGCCUGCCGCUUACGGAAAUGCUACGAAGUGGGCAUGAUGAAGUGUGGUGUGAGGCGUGAACGCUGCAGCUACCGCGGGGCCCGCCAUCGCCGUGGAGGGCCCCAUCUUAGAGAUGCAUCAGGCAGGAGUUUGAUGAGGGUCGGGAUGGCUCCACGCGCUCAGCGUCUUCCCCCACUGGACCUGCCUCUCUCCCCGCCGGCUCAGCUCAGCCACGCUAACCCGACGGCCAUGACCCCUGAGGAGUUCAUCUCCCGGAUCAUGGAGGCAGAACCGCCUGAGAUCUACCUGAUGGAGGACCUGAAGAAGCCCUUCACUGAGGCCAGCAUGAUGAUGUCUCUCACCAGCCUGGCAGACAAGGAGCUGGUGCUCAUGAUCAGCUGGGCCAAAAAGAUCCCAGGCUUUGUGGAGUUGAGUCUAGCAGACCAGAUUCACCUGCUGAAGUGCUGCUGGCUGGAGAUCCUGAUGCUGGGCCUCAUGUGGAGGUCUGUGGACCAUCCUGGGAAGCUCAUUUUUUCUCCGGACUUCAGACUCAGCAGGGAGGAGGGACAGUGUGUGGAGGGCAUCAUGGAGAUCUUCGACAUGCUCCUAGCAGCAACCUCUCGUUUCCGGGAGCUGAAGCUGCAGAGGGAGGAGUACGUCUGCCUUAAGGCCAUGAUUCUCCUCAACUCUAAUCUGUGCAGCAGCCCCCCACAGACGGCCGAGGAGCUGGAGAGCAGGAACAAGCUGCUGCGUCUUCUGGACUCGGUCAUUGAUGCUCUGGUUUGGGCCAUUUCCAAACUGGGGCUGUCCACCCAGCAACAGACCCUUCGCCUUGGCCAUCUCACCAUGCUGCUCUCCCACAUUCGCCACGUCAGCAACAAAGGUAUGGACCACCUGUCCACCAUGAAGAGGAAGAACGUGGUGCUGGUGUACAACCUCCUCCUGGAAAUGCUGGAUGCCAACACAUCCAGCAGCAGCCAAACGGCGGCGUCUUCCUCCGAUGCCUACGGUGACCUACAGGAGCACCAGCCUCCUCCUUCGUUUUACCUGCAGGCUGAUCUGGAUCAGAACCUCACUGCCCAUCCAGGUUCUGAUGGCCCAGUGGCACCUGAUGAGGACCACGCCAUGGUCAGGCACCUGCAGGCUCGAGGCCUCCUGUCCUCUCCUCUGUCUCAAAUGAAAAGUGAGAGCUACGUCGCUGCAGCGCAGUGGUCGCUGGACGGAGGGGAUGAGCCCCUAGGUUACUUCAUCCCUGAUCGGGUUGCCAUGGAAACCACCUCGCAAAAUAAGUGAAACAUCCAGAAAAGGAAAUGGACAAAGAGUUGUUGUUCAGAUGUUGUUUCGACUGUGGCAGGUUUAGUGGUCAGUAUUUUCUGUGGACGUUGAUGAGAACUUGGUCCAGUUCUGGGUUCUGUUCUCUCCAUGUUGCUGAAACAUCCAGAACAUCUGCGAAGCUGCAUGCUGACCAUCCUGGAGGACCUUGCACUACUUCUUUCUGUACUCUGAUAUGAACCUGCAGCCUGUUGUGUGUCGGUGGAGCAGCUCUGAGCUCUGUGGCCUUUUACCAAAGUGACUGUUAAGACCUUCUCUGAUGCUUUGCUUCCACUAAGGCUGAAUUUAUACAAUCAAACUUCAACUCUUUUCUUUUUUUACAUCUUCAAAGCUAAAACUAAAACACCUGAUCAGCUGGAUGAGCUCCUGGAGCUGAGAGGAUCUCAUCUACCUCCAUCACCUUGGAUCUCCUCUCUGCUGAAGGUGUUUCCAUAAGGAGAAGAAUUGUCCACAGAAACCUGAAGCUGGUCUCUAAAUGAGC